AUGACGGGUGAGAAUCAUCAGCAAUCAGCGGCAGCAGCAGCAGCAGCACCAGAAGAAGAUGAUGCUGAUGGGAUUGAGGAGCAGCAGCAGCAGGGUGACAAGGAUUUCGAGGAUCUCCUCGAGAGGAUCGGCAACUACGGCAAGUACCAGAAGAAGCUGGUGUACCUGUUUGUGUACCCGCAGGCCUGCAUCCUGCCCUUCUUCAUCAUGACCAUUUUCAUUCAAAUGAAUGUACCUGACCACUGGUGCUCGGUGCCAGGGCGCCAAGACACCAACUUCACGGCGGACGAGUGGAAGAAUCUCACCAUCCCCUGGAAGAAUAAGACUGGGGAGUUUUCUCGAUGUUCUUCAUACGACAUCUCGUUGUUGAGAGAGAAAUUACAACACCGCUCGUCUUCAGAUGAUCUUCACCAGAUGUCUAUUGAAGAAGCAGUUCAUUUUCGCUCAACGAAAACGAAUAAAUGUGAAACUUGGGACUUUGACAUGCAGCACUAUGUGCUCACAGCUCCAUCAGACUACCAAUGGGUAUGUGACAAGCGGCAUUAUGCAACUUUGGCACUGACUGCCCAGAAUGUUGGUGGAGUGUUCAGCACUCUGAUCCUUGGGCCCCUGGCUGAUAUAGUAGGAAGGAAGCCAAUCUACUUUCUGAGUCUGGCUCUGCAAAUGGUUUUUGGCAUUGCAGGCCUUUUUGCUCCUGAGUUUUUCUCAUUCACACUCAUGACUUUCUUGAGGGCCUUGGGAUUCCCUGUGGUCUGGCAAGCAGUUUUUGUCUUGGCCAUGGAGAUUGUUGGGCCUCACCAGAGAGCCAUGAUCAAUGGGGUCUUGAACCUGGCCUGGACAGUAGGUGUGUGUGCGCUGUCCCUGGUGGCCUACUUGUGCAGGGGACACUGGGUCAUCCUGGGUCUCCUGGCCAAUGUCCCUAUGAUCCUCUGCUUUGGCUACUACUUAUGGUUGGCACAGAGAAAUAGGCAUGAAGAAGCUGCAGAAAUUCUACUCAAAAUUGCCAAGGAAAAUGGCACAGCAGACAAAUUUAGCAGCAAAGAGAAGUUGGCUCAAGAGCUAAGGAUUCUCAGUAAAGAUGAAGAACCACUUCAGGUCCACUUUUGGCCUCUUUUCAAGCGUCCCAAGCUUAGGAUCCGCACUUUGAUCAUCACAUAUGGAUACACAGUCAUCAUGAUCUUAUACUAUGGCCUUCACCUCAACAUAUCCUCUUUGGGUGGAGACCCAUAUUUCAACUUUGCUGUCUUAGGGUUUUUUGAGUUUCCUGCCUACGUGUUCAGCUGGUGGGCCAUGGACAAAUACGGAAGACGUUGGGUCAAUGUGCUAAACUUGUUUAUAGCUGGCCUAGGAUGUUCUCUGGUCGCCAUGACACCUAAAGAACAUUGGUUGGUAGUGGUGUGGUCCAUCCUGGGCAAGUUUGGCAGCUCUGGGGGCUUUGUGCUCAUCUACCAACAGGGCUGCGAAAUCUUCCCCACUGUGCUGAGGUCCACUGGACUUGGCUUCAUGUCUCUAGUGGGGGCUGCUGUCAACACUGGGGUGCCACAACUGGUAUUUCUGGGAGAAGUGUACCACUACUCAAUCCCCUAUGUCACAUUUGGCAUCAUGUCUAUGGUGGGGGUGGUGUUUGCAGCCUUCUUGCCAGAGACACUCAACAAAGACUUACCAGAGACAGUGGAGGACUCUGAGACAUUUGGACUGGACCAGACCUUCUGGAGCUGGAAUUUAAGUCCCAAGCCUGGAGAGGGCCCCAAAGCAGAAGCCACACAAGAAAGCAGUGAGGGUGACCUUGCAUCAGCAACAGAGACCUACUUGGCCAAACAGGCACCCAAUGGUGUACAAAGGACCCUGCUGCACUGGAGGGCCAUCUACCCAGGCUAUGAGGACCCCUGGGACAUGUGUGUGAGUGCAGAAAGAGUCUUGGAUGAUGGGGAUGUGGCUUGUCUGUUUCUCAGCAGCUUUGAACAUGCUGGCUUCCUCCAUCUUUUUUGCAACAUGGUGUCUUUUGUGUGGACUGCAGCAUGUCUGGAGCACUCUCUGCAUCCACUCUACUUUCUCUACUUGCUUGUGUCACUGGCCUGGAUCUGCAACCUAGUUGAGAUUGGCAUGGCUGAGUUCACAAGCAACUACUUACAUGAUGAAAUGGCCAGAUAUGCCUAUGUGCUGUUUGCCCUCAAGAUCCUGUUGGUGUGCAGUCCAGCCACCCAUGACAAGUGGAGGGAAGGGGUGCUACUCAAACACUUGCCUUAUCCAUCCCUGAGUCUGGUCACCCUGGAGUUUGCCCUGCUCCACCUGUUUGUGCCUGAAGCCUCUUUGCAGAGCCACUUGGCAGGUGUCAUUACCUGGACCCGGUGUGACCCGACCCCGACGACGACACCGGUCUACCUGGUCGGGGACAAAGCUUACGAACCGUACGUUCACCUACUCAGACCUCUACACCACUUCCGACCUCGUUAUUGUCGAGACAAGCACCAUCAGCAGCAGCAGCAGACAAAAGGCAACAAGGUUUCCACUUUCAGGAUCAUCAGGAAGUACUUGGCAGGAGCUGGAGAAGAAACGGAAGCUGAGGAUGACUCCUUAUCCUCCACUGAGGAUGAUUUUUCAGCCUCAGAAGCAAAAGAAAAACACAAGCUUGGCACCCAUAGUAAGCAGCAGUGCCAUAACAAUAAGAGGCUCAAGUCUGCUCUCAGAAGAAGAGGGCAAAGUAGUGUUGUCAAGAAAGUGAGGAUCGUUGAUCCCCCUUCAACCAAAGAAGCUGGUGGCAAAAAGGAUCUGUCUAGUGGUAGAGUGGUUCAUCCGCCGCCUGCGCCAAAAUUCCCUCCACCUGUCACUUACUCCACCACAACCAGCAGCAUCAGGGCUGGCAUCACUCAGCCCUAUCUACCAGUCCAGGAAUUCAGGUCAAAUUUCAGCCAUGAAGGACAUUUUGAAGGCAGUAUGCCAGCUCCAGAGCCAUUUCCAAGAAAGGAGAAGAAGUUGAGGCUCAGCUCCAGGGGACUUUUCAGCAUGAGAAGACCCAGGAGCCUGAAUGACUCCCUCAAGUUGGUCAAAAGCAUGCUGCACACAGGAGUUUGACAGAACAUCAAUUCUGUGAUUUACAACUAUUUUUUUUUUCUUCUUCAUUUGAUGAAGAAAAUGCAAAAACAAUAUCCUCAGCAA